UCACAUUUGUUGGCAUUGGUUUUGUGAGAUACCAUCUUAAAUUCAGUUUUCUUUCAAAACUUGAUCAUAAUGGCCAAUGUAAGGGCAAACGGAAUUUCUUUUUUCUCGCAGACCAAGCUAUGGUUAGCAAACCCACUGUUCCUCUGAAUAUAUAUAUAUAUAUAUAUAUGUCAAAGACGUCUUGGCAUGAUCUGGUAAAGCUGGAUGGCUGUAACAGGUGGAAUUAUAGCAUAUUUGACAAGCAACUACAUUCAACUCCAAUGGACGAACUUCUUAGACCGUAUGAUAAGGAGUUUGUGAGGAUGGCAAUGUUAAAACAUGAAGAAACAUUCAAACAACAGGUGUAUGAGCUCCAUCGUCUAUAUCGAAUCCAGAAGACAUUGAUGAAAAGUUUUGAAAACAGCAGGACUAAUGGAAGCUUCAGCUUAAAGAAUCAGACUUCAAGAAGGCGACUCGACUUGGAACAUUCGGUGCACCAUCAUAACGAAACGUCAGAAGUCAUCGAUGAGAGCGAGAUUGAGCUGACGUUAGGGCUGCCGAUAAAGGAACGACAAGGGACAACUCUCCCUCGAACAUGGGAUUUCGGACCGUGCUUCUCAUCAUCUUCCUCUGAAUCCUGUCAUGUGACAAUGGGGUAUCGACAUGGAAGUAAAAGCACUAACGAUCUAGAAGAACAAUUGAGAAAGGAGGGAUCAGAUCAGCCUCCUUGGAUUCUCCAAGUUCUAACUAUGAAUAUGAGUCUAUGACAAGAAAAUAUAUAUACCUCCCCAUGUAGAUAUGAUUACAUAAUUUAGACUGCUUCUUAUCGACCAAUUUUCUUUGAUUUGUA